UGUUACCUGUUCCCUCAUUCUCUGCCCCAAUAGCCGGAGACAAUGGCCGUAUCCAGCCUCCAAUACACUAUGGGAAUCUCCAGUGGAUUCAAAGUCUAUAUCCUGGAAGGACAGCACAGCAUGCGAGACACAGACAGACUGCGCCCCUUUUCAAACCAUGCGAUCCCCGUAUACCCCAUCAAACGCAAGCACAGCCCAGAGCCGCCACAGCUCCGAAAACGGGUGCAUCCUGCCAGCAACCAGUACAGGGGAAAGGUUGCAUCAUCUCCAGUAAAUGUAAAGUCUACAGUAAGACAGCACCCUACGAUAACAAGCACCCCCAAAUUGCUGGGCCCCACUAUUUCCCUGGAAAAAGUUCUGAAGCAUUUGAUGCCUGAGAGGCGGCUGCUGGAAAAGGAGACCGUAAUACAUCAGGACGACCAACCACUGGCGUUGGUCAAGAGGCUGGAAAAGCCGAUUUCUCCCAUCAUGCUGCAGCAGAACCGACCUUCUGUAAUCACCUGCAUAUCUAAGUCCAAACCAAUGCUCCCAGUGUCGGCAGAGGAGGCAAAUCCUUCGAAGGACAGCAAAAAUCAAAUUUCUUCAAGAAUUGCUGAUGUGGAGGAACAUUUCCAGAGGAGCCUGACGUCUUGUAAGCCCCGUCCAAGCAUGCGGCCCCCGAGCCCAGGUGCCCCUCUCACAGCCCAGUCCACCAAUAUUUCUGUAGAAGAUCAUUUCUCCAAAGCUCUUGGAUCCAAGUGGUUUCUAAUUCGAGCAGCAGCCGACUCUCCGUCCUCCCCCACAAAGAGGAGCAGACAUCAGGCCUUAUAGACCUUUUCGAAACAGCCAUUUAUGGACUAAAAAAAAAACCACAAUAAAGAGACUUUGGAUUGAAAGCGCUGAAUGUGCGCCAUCUUGAAUUCCUAUGCCAUGUAAAUAUAUUUAUUGACGCAAAGACGUAUCUCACACUGGAAAGGACGUGGGCAAUCGAAGUUUCACAGUAUUUGGGAAAACUGAAGGUUUGGGUUGGGUCCUCUGAUACUACUUCAUGUAAAAUAUUGUUUUUUAAUAAAAAGUUAAAAUGGUU